CCUCUAGUUUUUCCUGAUCACCAACAUGAUCAGUUCAUACCCUAGAACCGUCGGCACCGCCGCCAUCACCACCGUAGACUGCCAGAAACAAGUCCGGUCAUGGCGGCUCCUCCGCUCUCUCAUUGAGCUACUCAUCCCCACCUGCAAUUGCACCUUCGUCGAAGAUCAAGAAGAAAAUGAACAUCACAAGAACUUUAAUUUUCCCUAUCACCGUCACCCGCCAUCGUCGUCGUCUUCCUCGAAUAUUACAGGGACCAUCUUUGGCUAUCGCCGGGGAAAAGUCAGCUUCUGUAUCCAAACAAACCCUAAAUCCUCCACACCAAUUCUCCUCCUUGAACUUGCUGUCUCCACCUCUACUCUUGCUAGGGAAAUGAAUGGAGGGAUUGUGAGAAUCGCAUUGGAGAGUGACAAUAAUGGUGAAGAUCAAUCACUUUUGAGGAUGUAUUGUAAUGGUAAAAAAGUAGGGUUUGCUGUGAAAAGAAAACCUAGAAAAGCUGAUUUACAAGUAUUGGGACAAAUGGAAUCAGUUAAUGUGGGAGCAGGCACUAUUCAUGGGAAAGAUGAUGAUAUUAUGUAUCUUAGAGGUAAAUUUGAGAGAAUCCAUGGAUCUUAUGAUGACUCAGAAUCAUUUCAUUUGAUUGAUCCUGAAGGAAGUAUGGGUCAAGAAUUAAGCAUUUACUUUCUACCUUCUCGCGGCUAAUAACAUGUUUGAGACUGAGACGUAAUUGAUUGUCCAUGACGGUCAGUACUUUGGAGACCAUUCCUUUAUGAUCCGUUAUUGGACACAGGAUUUAUCUCAUCUGAAGCUACCAUUUACUCGAGCUUUAUCUUAUCUGAAGCUACCAGCCAUUUACUCGAGUUUUAUCUCAUCUGAAGCCACCAUUUACUCGUUGGGCACAAUUUUUUGGGCAAGAUAACGUUCAUUCAAGUACAAGAAUUGAGGUUUUCCUAAGUUUUUUCAUGCAUGGGAUUAAGCUAUGCAGAUGUUUCUAGUCAUUUUUAAUUUUCUUGAUUUUAUGUCCUUUGUUUAUGAGUUUCUCUUGGGUGUAACCAUGCAAACCUAUUUUUUUGAGUUAUGCAUAAUUGCAUGACUUUUUCCCUGUGGGAAUGUUUGUAUAAGGGUGCUUGACAACAACCUAAGAUGAAACUUUGUAAGAAUAAAAUAAAGGGAGGACUUAUUUUGUUU